GUUUUCUUUAUCAAAUACGGAGUGAUGUUCUCUCUUAAUGGAUGUAUUGGUGUUGUCUGUCUAUUAAUUUGAGUUUUCUAUUUAUUUUUAUUAAACUUCUUCUUUUUUCAAUACGUUUUGAUAGAAUGUUUGAUGUUAGUCGAAAGUGUCUUAGCACUGUGUUUUAUUUAAUAUAAUAUUGUAGAUUGUUGGAUUUUUGUGUAGUAAGAGUCACAAAGGAGAAUUAUGGCUAAUUAUAAUCCAAUACACAACACGUUUUCUUCAUUAUUAGUUCAAAGUGGAGACGACGUUUCCGUCAACGAAGAUUGUUUAGUUAUUUUAGAGGAGAUCUCAAGAAAAUUAGAUGCUGAGGAUAGCACUUUGAGAACAUUUCGAAGAGCAAUUGGUUUUGGUGAAAAUAUCAAGAAAAAUUUAAUGCCACUACUUCUACUUGUUAAAGAUGACAGCAAAAUUAGUGAUGCGUCUAAAAUUAUUGAUACAACUAUUAAAAUUUUGGUGAAUCUCACUAUUCCAGUAGAAUAUCUCCUUUCUCAUGAAGCAAUGUCAAGUACAGACGUUGGAAAUCAUACAAUGUUCGAAUUGAAAAAAUUAUUAACUUCCAGUAAAGAAGUUUUUACGGAAAUCAAAAACACCAAAGCAGUAGUGGAUCACAUGAAAUUCAUAGUCGAAUCAGAUUCUCAAUUAGAUUUGGAACAAUGUGACAAUAUUAACAAUUGUUUACUUUUGUUGAGGAAUAUUCUACAUAUUCCCGAAUACAAAUCACCACCAUCUAGCGGUUUCUGUUACACUAGUAUGCAGAAUCAGAUCAUGUGGAACUUAUUCACCCAAAGUAUUGAUAAGAUUAUCAUUUUUCUAAUAUCCUCUUCACAAAAGGGUUACUGGGGCGUUACUCUAGUCCAACUAAUAGCGUUAAUGUACAAAGAUCAGCACGUUGGUACUCUCCAAAAACUACUAAAUCUGUGGUUGGAAGCUUCUUACAGCGAUAGUUCUGAAGAUAAUGAAAGCAAUACUUCACCACCCGAUCAAGGUAGCGAUGAUUCUUCGCCGGUAAUUACUUCGGAUCCUACAUCAGAUUCUAGCGAUAAUGGUGGGAACUAUCGAAAUAAAUCAACUAAUAACAGCAACAAUAACAUUAGCAGCAGGGCGAUAAUAGAAAGAACUAAGAGUAAUCCAACGGAAGCUGUGAGAUCUGCACAAAACAGAACUAAAAGCUUGAAUGCGAUGAAAAGGAAUAAAAGUACUGAAACAGAAACUAGUACGAGCAGUGGAGUGUCUUCGAUGGGACAUAGCAUGGAGUCUAAUGAUAUCGUGAUUUCCGCUAUCCCAUUACAUUUAUCUGGUCAAAAUUUUUCCAAAAGAUCCACUUCGAUCUGCCAAUCUAAUCAAAGCGAAAUAUCUGAUUGCGGUUACGUAACUCAAGUUGAAAAUCAAGAAUCUAUAUCGACGUCCAGUAACGAAGAUGACCAACCGACACAUCAAAAACCAGUACAUCAAAAGCCGCCAACUUUUCAAAAAACACGGUACCAUACUAAUAAAAGCAGAUCAACUACAACUUUGGAUAAAAAGGAAUUGAGGAGGAAGAAGCUCGUGAAGAGAAGAAAAACUAAUAUAAUAAAUAUGAAGGGCUUAAUCCACCAUCUUCCAACUGACGAAGAUAUAGCGAAUAUAUUGAAAGAAUUUACGGUUGAUUUCCUUUUAAAAGGAUACGGGACCUUAGUAAACAACUUGUAUACUGAACUUUUAUCAAAUGUUCACAUCCAUAUUGAUACUUCACAUUUCUUCUGGUUAGUAACAUAUUUCUUAAAAUUUGCCGUACAAUUAGAAAUAGAUCCGGAACAUAUCAGUCCAGUCUUGAGUUAUGACAUUUUGUCAUAUUUGGUGUUUCAAGGGAUAUGUAUUUGCGAGGAAUUAGAAAUUAGUUGCGCCACACCAAAUUUGGACUUGAGACCCUGUCUUCGAAGACUUCAUUUGGUUGUCACGGCAAUCAGAGAAUUUCUUCAAGGAGUAGAAGCAUAUCAAAAGAUGAUACAUUUAAGCGACACUGAUAAAGAUAAUUUGGGUAAAUUGCAAUCUCAAAUAGUGAAGGUGCAAGAUUUGAAAAUGUUAUUUGUAUUAUUAUUGAGAAGGUACAAUGUGAACAUGCAAAGCAAACAGUAUUUGCAGGAUCUUAUUUUAACUAAUCAUAAUUUUUGUUUAUUUUUGGACAAUUCUUGUACUACACAAGAACACCAUUCUAAUAUGGCGGAACAUUUAAAAAAUUUUGGAACGGUUGAAAUUAUGCGACAAUAUGGGCUGCUGUUGGAAAAUUUCAAAGAAAAUGGAGAAUUCAUAAACAAUUGCAUUUUUACUAUGAUGCACCAUAUCGGUGGUGAUCUCAAUAAUAUAGAAACGUUAUUUCAACCAAGCAUUCUCAAAACGUUUUCCCAAAUAUGGGAGACCGAUUAUGAACUUUGUGAUGAUUGGUCUGAUCUUAUAGAAUACGUAAUACAUAAAUUUAUUAAUAUUUCUGGAACGCAUUGCAUUGAUAAUAAUCCAUCGUCCAUAGAUUUUAACGGAAAUCUCGCUACGAAGACAAAUGAAAAAGUUCCCGAGUGUAGGCCUCUCGAUGAAAUACUAAUGUUGUUUAGGUGGACUAAAGAAGAAAAAGAUAAUCUACUAAAGUAUUAUAAUCAAAGUAAAGAAUCGUCUAACGCUAUUGCUGGAAUAACACAAAGAUACGAAGAAAGCGGAUUCAAAAUCAAAUCUCAGAUGUCAAUUAUAGAAGAACUUUUAGAACAAAAUAUAAUAUCCGAAAAUGAAUACGAGAAUCUUCUUAAAGAGCGAAGAAUCGAAAGACGAAAUAGUUUCGCCGAUGUCAAAAGAAUGAGAAGGAUCGUUGAGGAUAUACCUAUUCACAAAGGCAAUCUGAUAGUCAGCGAUACAGAAGCUAUCAAAGAUUAUUUGCACAAAGAAAACAAAGGAAAAUUUUUAGAUUGGCUCCAGGAUGUAUUAUUAGAAGCGUGUUAUGUCAAAUUAUUGUUGGGCAAUCCCGAACAGUUUAAAGAAACCCAUCAUUUAUUAGAACCGAUAGUUUAUUAUUUUACCAUGUUGAAUUUGCCUAUACCAUUAGUCCCGUGGACCGUAGAUCAAGGAAACAUUUUGAAGUAUCAACCAUUCGUAUUAUUACUUCAUAAACUCGGCUUUUAUUUACCGGUUGACACCGGUAAAAUUUUCGUGAGAAUACCAAACUUUUGGACUGCCGAUCAUAUGUUCAGUAUAGCACAACAAUUAGGACCAGUAGACAAAGACAAAAUUAAAUUCGAUGUUAAUACAUUGAAAGGACUAACAAAAUGCAACGGUUACGAAAUAAAACCAAAUCUAACACCUUCCCUACUCGAUACUGGAAGGUAUUCAGUGCCAGAUUUUAAACUAACACCAUCUGUCGUCAGAUAUACACCAUUACCCAACACAUCAGAAUGGUUCCAAAAUGUAUUGAAAGUUAAAUUAACAGCAACCAUUCCGGAUAGUUUCGAACAUAUAGCUAGUAUCGGCCAAUUAUCCAUCGCAAUUCCAGAUAAUGAAAUUAUAUCUUGCAACAUUCCAACUCCGGAGCUGAGUUUAGCUAAUCGAGCUAUUAACUCUUUAAAAACGACGACCAUUGACAUGGAUUUUCUGGCGAAUUACGAUAAUGAUUUGUUGAGUGGUGACGAAAUAGAAAGAAAUACCAAUUGUGACACUCCCUCCGUAGCGUCGGAUUUAAUGUGUGUGAGUGACGAAGAUGACAAAGUGAUUUUGAUUUUAAAACAAAGUGACAAAAUUGCGUGAUUUUUUAGUUCAAUCUAAAUAGAGAUAUGUCUUAUUAAUGAAAAAAAUUUAUACAAAAGUUAUAUUUUUGGUCAUAAAUAUUGUUCGUAAUAAUUGAGAUAUACUUGUAUGUACUUUAGAUGAAUCUGCGUAUUUGUUAAAUACGUAAAUUGAGCCCGUUUCAUAAAAUGAAGUUAAUGAGUUUAAUGACGCAUAUGACAGAAUAGAAAUGAAACAAAUACACUUAUAAUAUAUGAUUGAAUAUGUUUCCAAAUGUUCUUGAUUUUUAUUCUCUUCUAUUUUAAAAUUAAUUUUGUUUUUGAUCAUUUUUAAAAGAUUGACAUUUCGAUUUUAGUUGAAGUCUUCUGCAACAGUAUCUUUUAGGCUUGACGUGAAACAAUUACAAAUAAACACACUGCCUUGAACUUUACAUCACAACAUUCACCUCAUUAUUGUUAUCAAGCCGAAGUAUAAAAAAGAUUCUUUAUUGUAAUAAUGUUCAAAAUUUGGAAUCGGUAUUUUAUCAUAUUUCAAACACUAGAGAAACCAAUUAUUUUUAAUGGUAUAUUGAAUGUAUUUUGAAAGUAAUUUAGGUAGCAUUUUUGCGUAAUUGAUGUUUGGUAUAUUUUAUAUUGUUCUAAAUUAAAUAUAUUGAGAGUCUUGA